AUGGCGGAGUCUGUGCCUCCUCUCUUACACGUUCUCUUCCGGGGCACUUCUUCUGUGGAAUGGUUUGGACAGAUAUCUUCAGAAUAUGCAGAGUUUCUGCACUGUAAAAAUAGAAAGUUUACAGACUUUGAUGAAGUUCGGCAAGAGAUUGAAGCAGAAACUGACAGGAUUACUGGAACAAAUAAAGGAAUAUCUCCCAUUCCUAUUAACUUGCGGGUGUAUUCACCACAUGUUUUGAAUUUAACACUAAUUGACCUUCCUGGCGUAACAAAGGUGCCAGUAGGAGAUCAGCCAGCCGACAUAGAGUACCAGAUAAGAGACAUGAUAAUGCAGUUCAUCAGCAGAGAGAACUGUUUAAUUUUGUCCGUAACUCCAGCUAAUAGUGACCUGGCGAAUUCAGAUGCACUUAAACUAGCAAAAGAGGUAGACCCUCAAGGCUUACGAACUAUUGGUGUGAUCACAAAGUUGGAUCUUAUGGAUGAAGGAACUGAUGCCAGAGAUGUAUUGGAAAACAAAUUGCUACCUUUAAGGAGAGGUUACAUUGGAGUUGUGAACAGAAGUCAGAAAGAUAUUGAUGGAAGGAAAGAUAUUAAAGCAGCACUGUCAGCAGAAAGAAAGUUUUUCCUGUCUCAUCCUGCGUAUAGGCAUUUGGCAGACAGGAUGGGCACUCCCUACUUACAAAAAGUUCUCAAUCAGCAACUGACCAAUCAUAUUCGAGAAACACUGCCAACCUUGCGUAGCAAGCUUCAGAGUCAGCUGUUAUCAUUAGAAAAGGAAGUGGAAGAGUACAAGAAUUUUCGACCUGAUGACCCCACCAGGAAAACAAAAGCGCUCCUUCAAAUGGUGCAACAGUUUGGAUUGGACUUUGAGAAGAGAAUUGAAGGCUCAGGAGAUCAUGUGGAUACAGCUGAACUUUCUGGUGGUGCUAGAAUUAACCGUGUUUUUCAUGAGAGGUUUCCUUUUGAACUAGUAAAGAUGGAAUUUGAUGAAAAGGAACUGAGAAGGGAAAUUAGCUAUGCAAUCAAAAACAUCCACGGAGUCAGAACGGGGUUGUUCACACCAGACAUGGCAUUUGAGGCCAUUGUGAAAAAACAGGUGGUGAAGCUGAAAGAGCCAUGUUUGAAAUGUGUCGAUCUGGUCAUUCAAGAGUUAAUCAAUACAGUUAGACAGUGUACCAUCAAGAUGCUCAGCUGUUAUAAUAAAUUAAAGAAAUGGACACACUGUAUCACCACUACUUUUGUUCGGGAGCAGGAAGGAAAAAAGAAGGAAACUGUUUUGUUGCUUAUCGACUUUGAGCUCUCAUACAUCAACACUAACCAUGAAGACUUCAUUGGAUUUGCCAACUGUUUCUAUACAGAGCAGCUGCCUGUAGGUGCACAGCAGAGGAAUACUCAACUAAACAAGAAGAGAGCUAUUCCAAACCAGGGUGAGAUAUUGGUUAUUCGCAGAGGCUGGCUUACACUUAACAACAUCAGCAUCCUAAAGGGAGGCUCAAAGGAGUUCUGGUUUGUCCUAACUGCGGAAUCCCUCUCUUGGUACAAAGAUGAGGAAGAAAAAGAGAAGAAAUACAUGCUUCCACUAGAUAAUCUGAAAAUCCGAGAUAUAGAAAAGGGAUUUAUGUCAAAUAAACAUAUAUUUGCUAUCUUCAACACUGAGCAAAGGAAUGUGUACAAGGAUCUGCGUCAGAUAGAACUUGCUUGUGAUUCCCAAGAUGAAGUUGAUAGCUGGAAAGCUUCUUUCCUGCGAGCAGGUGUUUACCCUGAAAAAGACCAAGUGAGUACCAAGGAGUUUAUUUUUUCUGAGUUGCUAGCUUUCCUUUAUUCUUCAGCAGACCAAAACAGCUUAAUGGAGGAGUCUGCAGACCAAGCUCAGCGCCGGGAGGAAAUGCUGCGAAUGUACCAUGCUCUGAAGGAAGCUCUCGGUAUAAUUGGUGAUAUCAGCACUAGCACAGUUUCUUCACCAGUCCCACCUCCUGUAGAUGAUGCAUGGAUUCAGCCUACUGGACACAGUCCACCCUCCAACCGUAGACACAAUCCUUCAGCACUGCCACCAAACCGACCACCAGCAGUGAGAGGAGCAACACCAGGGCCACCUUUAAUUCCAACUCCUGCAACUGGUUUUGGAGUGCCUCCAAUUCCUUCCAGACCUGGACCUCAGUUCCCUAUUGCUAACAACGACCCUUUUGCAGCUCCACCUCAGAUUCCCUCCCGUCCAGCCCGAAUUCCACCCGGCAUUCCUCCAGGUGUACCAAGCAGAAGACCCCCUGCCGCUCCGAAUAGGCCAACUAUUAUCCGUGCGGCCGAACCCUCUUUGCUAGAUUAAACUUUGAGAUAAAGAAUCCUGUGUAUCUUGGGGUGUCACAGUAGCCAGACAUACUGGUAAAACUCUGUUUAUAACAGAGAAUCAUGAGCCCUAAGUAAAUGCGGUGAUCAACCACUAGAAUCUGAAAUGUAGCUGCUGCCAUGCACUUUUUCUCACUGGUUUUAAAAGUAGUAAAUUUGGAUAUUACAGGCUUUCCACAAGGCUGCAUUAAUUUGAAAUAUAAUUUCAGUGAAUGUGACAAAGCAACAGUGCAUUUUGAUCUAAAACAUUUUGCAUGUUAAUUUAAAACACUUCUGUAGUCCAAUUUAAUUUUUUUUCUGGUGUCUUGCAAAAAAUGAUACUGAUAUGAGCAGAACUGUAAGAUCGUAAUAUUCUUGAAAGAGAGCAUGGUGUAAUGACAUCCAUUAACUACUGAAAAUCCUCAAUUCCCCCAGCCUACUUUAGGUGCUUUGUGCCUUGCUCGUUAAUAAGUUUUAUGUAAGCAAGAGUGUUUGAUUUUUGUUGUCUCUUCCUCUCAUUGCCACAGUACAAAACUGGUGUGGCAGUAUAGCUCAAAUGGUUAAUGCUGUGAGCUUCUGAUAGGCUGCUUCUUGGAGUCUUUUUUUUGUUUCUCAUCCUUAGUCUGCUUAUUGUAGAAUUUAACCAGUCCAGGACCCCCUGUCCCCCAUGAAAAUAAGCACUUAUGUGUAGUGAGCUUACUCCAUUUACUAAUAAAUAAAUACUCAAUUGUUAACUUUGUCCUUAUACCAAGCUGAACCCACCCAUAACUUCACUUUGUCAAUGUUUUUUCCUAAGAAAUAAUUAACCGUAAACUGUUUGUAGGUGAUGAGUUGUAUGUAACAAUUGGUAAUCAAUUGUGCAAUAUGCCAUGUUUCUCCUUGAUUACAUUUAUGAAUUUUCAGCCUGGAACAGUUGUAUGGCUGAUUUGAAAUGUGCUUGCCUGUACAAGUUCUUAGCAUAUUAUAAUUUGCCAUAUUGUCAUGACUUCACAUAUUAACUUUUGUAGUAUGUAUAACACAUCGUCUGAUCUUGUGCAUCCCUUAUUUUUGUAUAAUGCUUUUUAUUUACUAACAGGUAAUAUGCUUUUUGAAUGAGGUGAGGUAGAUCGAUGAAGAGUACUCCAGUUUAGGAAUCACAGCAUCAUCGCUUCUUUAUCCCUAGGUACUACUGGUUUUCAGAAGUGCCUCUAUCAUCUAGUUAGCUUUUCUCACAUCACAAUGUGUUGCAUGUCUAACUUCAUUUUGUCAUUGAUCCAGAUAAUUAGAUCUGUUUCUGCUUUCACCACUAUUAGUACCUUAAUACUGAUAGUAUCUUUACAUUUCCUAUUCUGAACAUUUACAUUCCUGCUUCACAUGUUUCAGUAUUAACUUUAAUGUAAUACAUGGAGCAUGGUGAUUAUGCUCCAAUAUCCAGAAAAAGACAAGUCAGUUAAGCACUUCGAUAGACCAAGACUCAGUCUUGCCAAAUGUUAAGUACCCCCUACUUCUCUUAAGAUCAGGUAUUGUGCUAGGCAAUUACACCUGCCAGUACUGACCAGCAGACAACAGUGGCAACAUUAAUAAUAGAUUUGUUACUGCCUGCUGUCUGUGCCAGUAAUGUGCCCCUGAAUUUCUGUAACAUAAGAGUGUGUGUUACUGCCUUUAUGACAUUGCUCAUGAAGUGCUUUAUGGAUUUGAAAGCCAGCAAAACAUACAACACUUUUUUUCUAUAACUAGUAGUACAUGGAGCAGAUAAAGCUCCUUGCUCUGCAAAAAAUUAUGAUUGGGACUCUGAUUAUAACUGUACUUUGUCUUCUCGAUAUGAAUGCCAGCUCUUGAGGUGAAUUUCUUGGCUUCCAUAUCUCAAACACACAAUAAGCCAGUUUUGAUCAGUGGCCCCAUCAUUUUCCUUUAUAUUAU